AGAUCCCCGCACUCAUCCACACAGCCCAGUGCCGGCCGGGGAGAGCUGCACAUCGCUGCCGGGAGAGAGGAGCCUGGCCGGGGACAUGGAGAACUAUAGAGGUACCAGCCUAGCCCUGGAGCGGCUGCUCACGGAGCUAGAAGAUUUCCUCAGCGUCCUGGACAAAGAGAAUCUCAGCAGCUCGGCUAUCCUGAAGAAAUGUCUGCUGUCCGAAAUCCUUCAGAUGUAUGUGAAAACUAACAGCAGUUGCGAUGAAGAGUACAUCUACAUGAACAAGGUGUUGGAGUCUGACAAGGGAACAGCAGGAAAGACGGCGCCAGCGGCAACUUCAGAGCAGCCAGCCAAAGAUGUGCUGACCAAUGGGGUGACAGCACUGCACUCUGCGCCUCCACAAAAAAGCCUGCCUGACCUCCCACCUCCGAAAAUUAUCCAGGAAAAUGUAGAUAUUUCCACCGCCAAGGCGGAGUCGCUGGAGGGCUACUACGAGGAGGCGGAGCCGUACGACGCUGCAGUUAACGAGGAUGGAGAUGCCAUCAGCAGCUCGUAUGAGUCCUACGAUGAAGAGGAGAAUAUCAAGGGGAAGUCGGCUGCCCACCAGCACCAGUGGCCAUCCACAGAGGCCUCCAUCGAACUGAUGAAAGAUGCGACCAUCUGCGCGUUUCUCUGGAGGAAGAAGUGGCUGAGCCAGUGGACAAAACAACUCUGUGUUAUCAAGGACAAUAGAUUAAUGUGCUAUAAAAGCUCCAAGGACCACAGCCCGCAGCUGGACGUCAGUUUAAUUGGAUGCACUGUAGUCCACAAAGAGAAACACGUCCGCAAGAAAGAGCACAAGCUGAAGAUCACCCCAAGCAAUGCCGACGUCAUUGUCCUGGGCAUGCAGAGCAAGGACCAGGCUUUGCAGUGGCUAAAGGUUAUCCAGGAUAUCAACGGUUUACAGACGGAUGUGUUCUCCGACAUCUCAUUGGUUACUGCAGACAAUCAACGUCUCACCCAGAGCAAGGGGGAAGGGACAGACCGAUAUUCCGCAGCAUCGGAAAGUGGGAGCAGCACAGAUGGGCACCCCGAGACACCUGAGGUUAAGGAAGUAAAGGAAGUUAAGAAGAAAGGACCCUCCGGCCUCAAACUCAGCAACCUCAUGAACCUGGGAAGGAAGAAGUCGGCCUCUAUGGAGAGCCCAGAGAAGACCCUGGAGACCUCCAAUUACCUGAACGUGCUGAUAAACAGCCACUGGAAAUCUCGCUACUGCUGCGUGAAGGACGGCCAGCUACACUUCUACCAGGACAGGAGCAGGAGUAAGUUCGCCAUCCAUCCGGUGUCCCUGACGGGCUGCGACAUCAUUCCUCAGCCCACCCCGGACCACCUGUAUUCCUUCCGGAUCCUGCAUAAUGGGGAAGAGCUGGCCACUCUGGAGGCAAAGUCCUCGGAGGACAUGGGCCACUGGCUGGGACUCCUCCUGUCUGAAUCUGGCUCAAAGACGGACCCAGAAGAAUUUAAUUAUGACUAUGUGGAUUCUGAGCGAGUUUCCUGCAUUGUCAGCGCAGCCAAGAACUCCUACUUCUUGAUGCAGAGAAAAUAUUCUGAGCCCAACACUUACAUCGACAACCCGCGCAAUGGGAGGAGUCAACAGGAUGAUCUGUAUGAUGACGUUGAUGUGUCAGACCCAGUGAAAGAAGACCCUAAAGCAGAGGUGCGAGUGGGGGAGACAGAAGAUAGCGCUUACCUGGAUCUGCUUCCGGCGAGAUCUUUCCUGCACAGCCCCGGGGUAAUACCUCAGACAUGUACGGCUGUAGAAACCCCUCCGGGCCCAGACAAGGACCACAGCGAGGAGAAGGGACCGGAACCAGAUACUUCCAGGGACCAGGAGCCCCCCUGUCCCAUCCGCGAGGAAACGGUGGUGUGCGCAGAGGAACCGGCCCCUGACCUUCAGGUGAAAACAGUGGCCGCCGUCACCUCCAGUCCGCUGCUGGGGAAAACCAAGAGCGACAGAUCAAAGCUGGGCAGUCCAGCCAUUGAAACCAAACUGGGCAAGAACCGCACGGAGGCCGAAGCCAGGAGAUUCACACAGGUGAAGGAGCGUCUGGAGAAAGAGCGAGAGGAGAUCCGGGAGCAGCUGGCGCAGCUCCGAAAGGAAAGGAGAGAACUCAAAGAAAGCGUCGCCAACUGCACGGACAAGAAGCUGCUCCAUGACCUGGAGGAGACGCUGAAGAGCAAAGAGGAAGAGUGUAAAGCGCGAGAGAACCACCGGGUUGACCUAGAGCUACAAAUCGUGGAAGUGAAGGAGAACCUGAGGAAAGCGGAGCUCGGGCCGGUGACCCUUGGGACUACAGUGGACCAGGCCCACCUGGACAGCAUUACAAGUGGUAAAAGCAGCAGCCCCACCCACAUCCCGGACUCCUCGCCGGUAAACGCUGCCAUGGUGCUGAAGAGCCGGCCGUUAUCUAUAAUGACCACCGGGAAAGGAACCGUCCUGCAGAAAGCCAAGGAAUGGGAGAAGAAAGGCGCAAGCUAGGAAACCUACUGCUCCUAAAUGGACUUAAAGACUUGUAUCUGGUCGGCAUUGUAUUUACCAGAUGUCAGGACCUCACCCCUUCCUGAAAGAGAACCAACACUUUAGACCUCCAGGGGUCCUCUUCUUGAGUUGCACAUGACCAGGCUCUGGGUGACCAAAGCCAAGACAUUAGCCAACUGCCCUCUCGUGUUGGCAGUAAUCCAUGGGGCAUAAUAGACUGACUGGAGUACAGCGACCACCUGCCUGGACCUCUGUCGCUGUUACGGUGACCUCAGACUAGGUCCAGGUCUACAGUAUCUGGGGUUGUGUGUUAAAUCCAGCAAUUUGCCCAUGAAAUAUUUCACCCAUCCAGGGGUGGAGAGGACGGGCAACCUCUACAGGAUGGCGCAGCAAGACUUUGCACCACUGUUCAGUACUUAACGGAUAUCCUGCCACCUAUUUUAGGAAUAAAGUGAAAGCUUUCUAUAUGGUUGAACAUAUUUAUUGUCAUAUAACAAUUUCAAGUCUGACGAUUUCAUGAGGAGAACUACGAAACCUAGAGAUGGGGCUCCAUGACGGAGAAGAGCAGGAGACAUUAAACUAUGUAAGGGGACCAUACGGUAACUAACAGGUAAUGCUCAGAUAACAACAAAAACAAAAUUUCUCUUAAAAACCAUGGAACUGGUUCUGUAUGACAAGACAUUAAGCAUUGACUCGGAGUCUGCGGUGAUUCCGAUCCUCCUUCCAUAUUUUCCACCGCACCCAAUAUAGACUGAGCUGGGCCACAGUUUCCCUGUCAUCUGCUUAAAGAAGUGACUGAUUUGGGGCUUAUUAAUGUUAAAGUGUUUCAAAGUAUUUUAUGAUUCCUAAAUGAAAAAUUAAACCUAAAUCUGAA